AUGGCCACCAUCCAGAACAGGCCCUUCUCAAAAGACUACAGUGGGCUCAUCAACCAGUCAGUUGUUGCUGGCGCCAUCUUCCUCAUCACUAUUUCCGCCCAUGAAUAUAUGCGCAGGAAGCGGCGCGGGAAGCCUCCUUACGCAGAGCCCCUUGGGAGUGUAGAGACCUGGGAGUUUGGAUACUUAUACCAGGGCAGAUCAUGGGCCAGACGACCCUCCCCGCCCCUGCCUCGAAAGUAUAUUCUCGGGUGGGUAAAGCAGGUCCUCACCUUCCCCGAAGACCAGUUCAACCAGCUCCGCGGAGUCGAUGCUGCUCUCUACAUCCGCUGGAUUCGCGCCUGUUUCUGGUUCACCGUCAUUCAGGCCUUCACCACCCUCGUCAUCCUCUUCCCCAUCCAUGUUACAUUCUCCGACGGCAGCGUCUCCCCCAAGUCCAUGACCCGCGCCUCCAUAUCCUCCCUUGUCACCACGAAGAAGGGUCUAUCUCUUCUCUGGAUCCACAUUAUCCUUCUCACUUGGAUCACCUUCACUUGGUUCGGCGUCCUUUACUGGAUAUGUCGGGGAGCCUUCCACUUCCGCGCCCAGAACAUCCUCGCUUCUGCCGAGAAGGCCGCAAAGGAAACAAGAGCAGAGCGAAGGGCCCAGUAUGAUCCUCAUCCCCAUCCUCAUCCCCAGUAUCCGUUCCACGCCCUUCCUCCCCUUGAUGAGGAUCACUCCAACCGCGGGCUUCGCCUCCGUACUGUCAUGGUCACCAACAUUUCUCCCGCUCUCCGGACAGACAAGGACCUCAAGGAGUACUUCGAGUAUUAUUUGUCCCGCAGAGUAGCUCUCCCAGCCAUCGGCAUAAAUUCCUCCGUCCAGCCGGGCUUCGUCAACAAGCUAGCCGCGUUCAUCUUCAACUAUGCUCGUCGCGUCACAGCAGUGGGCACCGCGUCCGCCGACGGCAGCACCGAACAACCUCCGUCUCCUGAGGAACCCAAACACAACUCAUUCACAUCCCCGGUCAUUGAUCGUGUCGUCCUUGUGCGCAAGAUGAGCGACCUGGCUUCCAUGAUGGAACGAAGGGAGGAGAUACUCAGGCUACUAGAGACGGCACACAUCAAACUCGCCCGCAAGGCCCUUACUGACGUGCAGACAGCGAUACGCAAUCGCGGAGCUUCCCCUGGGCUCCGUCACGCCGUCAAGCGCAUGUCCGUGGCUGUCAUGGGGAUGAGCCCGUUGGGCGACGGGGGGGAGACUGGGGGAGAGGCACGGGAGCGCACUCGGAGCGAUGAUGGAACGGAAGAAGGCGAAGACCGCAUGGAGCUUCUGAUUCGCACCCUCGGUCCGUACCUCCCUUCGCUGGAGACAGAACUCGUUCCAGACAACAAGGACUCUGGAUUGCGGGCGCGACUAAGGCGCGAGACCUCGGACGUGGAGAUGGGAGCAGCCGACGCUAUGGAGUCCAAGCCAGGCGACAAGACUGUGUGGGACGCGCUUCUCAGCCUCCCGCGGAGCACCCUCGAUGCCUACCAACCGCUCAUCCAUCUCUCGUCCAUCUUCCGUGGCAAGACCGUUCCCGCGAUCGACUACUACACCGCCAAGCUGCAAAUCAUCACGAACAUGAUCACCGAGAAGCGAUCAAUGCCGCAGGCCGCGUUUGACGCCAUGUCGACCGCGUUCGUGACCUUCGUUGACCCGGCAGACGCACGAAGGGCGUGCAAGUUCUUGGCGGUACAUCCUGAGAGCCCGAUUGAGUGUCUUGUGACCAUGGCGCCCUGCUAUGAGGAUCUGGACUGGACGAGGCUGAUGAAAACGACGUUCAGAGUCGAGUUCGUCAAGGAUUGGGUAGUUGAACUUGGGGUUUGGGCUUUCACCAUCUCCUGGGUCUUCCCCGUUUCGUUCUUCGUAGGCCUGGUCAACAUUCAGAAUCUGAGUACUCUGUGGCCUGGACUGCUUGACUUCUUGAAGACGCAUUCAUGGGAAGAGGAACUGCUGCAAUCUUUCGUCCCAACUGUCUUGGUCGCCCUGCUAUCUCUGUUGAUUCCCUUACUGCUGCUGCUCAUCGCAAAACGAGCCCAUACCAUCGCCACGCUCUCGGCGCUGCACGACCGCAUCAUGACACGAUACUACAAGUUCCUGGUGGUGAACGUCUUGGUCUUCUUCUGCGUAGGGACAGCCGCAUUGCAAUCGUUCUUGCUGUCCUUCAAGACUAUCGAUACGGAUCAACUAGCGUCAGUUAUUGCUCAGAGUUUCCCGGUGGCGGGCCCUUUUUACGUUGGGUGGUUCAUCUUCACUACGGCUAUGCAUGGUGGAGUGGAGUUGGCGCUUUUUGGUGUAUGCAUUCAAACUUUUCUCCCUUUGAUCGUCUAUCCCGCUACGCGACGCCAAGUCACACCACGAAAGCGCGCUAUGGGUAUCCGACCUCGUACUUUCAACUACUACUAUUGGUUGCCGAACCACGUUCUCGUCAUGCACGUUCUGCUGGUGUUUUCCCUUUUGAAUCCUCUUGUUAUCCCAUUUGCUCUCGUGUACUUUGCUGUUCAACGCACUGUUAUCAAGAAUCAGCUUUUGCACGUUUACGCUAAGAACUACGAAGGAAACGGCAAGCUCCUGCUUAUCCGCAUGGUUCGUUACUCGCUGGAUGGCCUCAUCCUAUCCCAGGUCGUAUUCCUGGCCUACAUGGUCGUGAACAAGAAGACCGUCAACGUCGCCAUUUCAGCCGUCCUCAUCAUCGUCACCGCGGCGUACAAGAUGUUCCUUACUCGUCUCUGCCGGAAUCGUUUCGAACGUGAUGACAUCCUCGAAGCGCAGGUGGUUUGCGGUACAGGAGAGCCAACGGAAGAGUUGAUUGAUGAAGCCUGUCCGGACGCUGAAGAAGGUCACCGAGCCGCUCUUGAGAAGAAGCUCAGUGGGAACUCAACCGGUGGAGAAGUUUGGCCUUGGAACCUUCCAGUAAGACUUAGCUUCGCGUACUCCACGAUUGCUAGUCGACCUCGGAAAGCCCCUCGACACCAUCCAAAUCCGUUCAAGCCCUCUAGACGAUCGGAUUCCAUCGCCCCUCUCAACGUCAUGGCGGAAGACGCUGAUGAUGGUGCUUCACCUUCCUCGUCCGCCCCAGCGGGGGCGUGGCGCGAACCCAGCGACAAUAUGGAGUUCCCCACCGAAAACCCCCAGGAAACUCCCGCAGUCGUCACAAGACAUUCCCCUCAUCCACGCUGGGAAGACGAAUCUUCGCCCAAUCACACAUACGAAAAUCCUUACUACACCCGCGAUAUCGACAACUUUCUGUGGCUCCCCGCCGACCCCUUGGAGACUCUGAACCUCGACGACACGAUCAACCUCCGAAUGUCACUGACCACCCAACCUGGGGCAGGACGUCUGGGGCCGUGGCGGGACGAGGACUUCAUCGAGACUGGGCUUUCCCUCAACCUCGCGACGAGUUUCGGCAGCAUCGAGGAAGACGAGGAAACCGGAUCUACGACGAACGGGAGCUUCUACAGGCGCCUCGACGGCUCGGAACAGAUCAGACUUCCUCCCGUCAUCGCAUCCCGAGUCGCGGCAGGCGAGGAUGACGUCGAGACGGCAGGACCCAUUCAACAGCGAACGACAAAGCGGCGGAAGUCGUCUAUCCGGAGCAACUCUGGAACCUCGCACCUCAGCGUCGGGCGUGCUGACGAUCCGGGCUCGUCUGAGUACCGGUCGACAUCAAUUGGCUCGGCGGUGUCGAACAUGAGUAGUAUUGGGUCCCCACCUGCGUUUAUGCUCCCCACGGACCCUCGUCGUCGAAAUCGUCGGGCGAUGUCUAUGGACCACGAGAUGGGAGUCCGGCGACCGAACCGGAUACCGAGCUUCGGGGCGCGGUCGACGGUGUCGGUUGUGGACCCGAAGCCAGGAACGACUCCGCCGGUGUAUUCGCACGGGACGAUGUCGCGCACGAUCUCGGUACACGACGCAGUAUAUGGAGUCGCUAUCGUGGAAGAGGAGGACGCGUUGCUGGAGGAGCACGAGCGAGAAGCGGAGGAGGCGGAACAGUUGAAGCAACCCAAGACCUGGCUCACCGCAUGGAUGUUCCGGACAGGAUCAUCGACGACAGUGAAGACGACAUGA